CCCCUUCAAGACCAUAGAUCUGGCCACCCCCUUGACCCGCACGCCGAUGGCCCUUCAGCCCGCGGGUUCGCACUGCAUGCCCCCGCCCUCGUUGCCGAUGUGGAUGCCAGGAAGGGGCUCCUUUGACCUUCCUUCCGACCCCAUCUCGCGCCCGCCGGCUCCCCACCCAGCUCGAAACGGCCCUGCCGCCAACGGGCAACCGACGUCGCCGUCGCCGUCUUCGUCGUCCUCGUUCUCGCUCGCCUCCUCGGAGGAAACGGACGGCGAGGGGGCGGGACCGGGGCCGGUUGCGGUUCGCGGGGUGUCUGUACUGGUGAAGUGCAUGAUCGCGGCGGCGGAGCGGGGCGACCUGGAGCAGGUGAAGUCGUGCUUGGCUGUCGGCGCCCGCAUCGACGCGCAGGACUCGCAUGGCAACACGGCUCUGCAUGUCGCCACGAGCAAUAACAGGGCACGAGUGGUGGAAUACCUGCUGAACGCGGGCGACGACGCGAACGCGCGCGACCACCGCGGGGCCACGCCCCUCCACCUGGCGGUCGCGUCGGACCCCUCAGGGCACCUGGUGCGCAUGCUCUUAGACGCCGGCGCCCGCCCCGACAUCGCGGACGACCAGGGCCGUACGCCACUGGACCUCGCCGCGGGCGGCGGCGACCACGUGACUUUGGAGCUGCUGCAGAACGCGGAGCCCGACCCCUGCGGCGGCCCGCUGAAGCGGCGUGGCUUCUGAGCGGCGCCUGGUCAGACACCUGGCCGCGGGCGCUGUGCGUUGCCCCGCCCGUCACUGACCUUGAAGGCACGACAACCGACACCAGCCGCGGCGUCGCCAUGCGCCGCAAGCCCGACUGCUGAGCCCAGACGCCGGCCGCCGGCGCUAUGUGCCAUACUCCCACGAGGAACGUUGGCGGGGCAGUUACUCAAAAGCCCACGGUCAAACCUCAGUCUCUCGGAACGAGCUAUAGAAUUCCUAAUAUUCGAAAAGGAUACAUUGUGAUUACGAAAUUGGACUGCCGUAUCUAGAUUGAGACGGAUAAAUAUAAAAUUUGUUGAAAAUUUUUUUAAAAGUAGAAUUAACUGUCAAGGUUUUACCCCCAUAUAAAUAACAAUUGAGCUAGAUACCAAAUGGUUUGUUAGAAAUUAAGUCUGAAUAACAGAUAAUUAAUUUUAAGGUUUUUAAUGUAGCUUUUAACUUUUAAAAAUUGCUUGUUUUGACAAUAGAGAAAUAUCAUUCAUGGAUGUUCCUCAAAGUAAACCUAACGAAGAUGUUGGUGGGUGUCCUGAAGGUUUUGAAUGACUUCCAAGAAAAAUUGCAGGGGUAUGAAUGUAACUGAAGUCUUGUAGUACAAUGGUUCUAGUAUUUUAUAGUUCGGUUAAUUUACACGGUUUUACUUGUUACUGGCUAAUGUGGAAUACUAAUGAUUUAUAAUCGUGAGCAGUGUCUUGCAGACGGGAAUAUUGAAAUGUAAGAGUCCCGUUUUCUCAGCAAAGGAUUUCCUUUUGUUAAUACAUAAAUAUAAAUUGAUCAUUUUUAUUACUUGGGCUAAACUUUGGGUAUAUUAAAAAUAGCUUUUAAAUUAGUGUAAGUUUGACAAAUGUAUUUAGACAUACUUAAUCACAAAUAAACAAUGUAUUAACU